CAUCUCCAUCCUUUCCUCCUUCACUCUCCAUCCCUUUUUUCCCUCCCCCUCCUCUUUUCUUCUACUCCCCGUACUUCCCGUUCUUGCUCUGGGAGUUCUGUUCGGGCAAUCUCAAUUAUCUUUCUUCUUUUCCAUCAUCUUCCUAUCCCCCUAGUUCAAAAUGCAAAGAGCUCUCUCUGCCCGGACUUCGGUCCUGUCCGCUGCCUCCAAGCGCACUUCCUUCUACAAGCCUGCUGGUUUGAACGCUCAGCAGCAGCGUUUUGCUCACAAGGAGCUGCGAUUCGGUGUUGAGGCUCGUGCCCAGCUCCUGAAGGGUGUGGACACCCUCGCCAAGGCCGUCACCUCGACCCUGGGUCCCAAGGGCCGUAACGUCCUGAUCGAGUCCCCCUAUGGCUCCCCCAAGAUCACCAAGGAUGGUGUGACUGUCGCCAAGGCCAUCCAGCUCCAGGACAAGUUCGAGAACCUCGGUGCCCGUCUCCUCCAGGAUGUGGCCUCCAAGACCAACGAAAUCGCCGGUGACGGUACCACCACCGCCACUGUCCUUGCCCGUGCCAUCUUCUCCGAGACUGUCAAGAACGUUGCCGCCGGCUGCAACCCCAUGGACCUGCGCCGUGGUAUCCAGGCCGCCGUCGACGCUGUCGUCGAUUACCUCCAGCAGAACAAGCGUGACAUCACCACCGGUGAGGAGAUCGCCCAGGUCGCGACCAUCUCGGCCAACGGUGACACCCACAUUGGCAAGCUCAUCUCCACUGCUAUGGAGCGUGUCGGCAAGGAGGGUGUGAUCACCGUCAAGGAGGGCAAGACCAUGGACGACGAGCUGGAUGUCACCGAGGGUAUGCGCUUCGACCGUGGCUACACCUCCCCCUACUUCAUCACCGACGCCAAGUCCCAGAAGGUCGAGUUCGAGAAGCCCCUGAUCCUGCUGUCCGAGAAGAAGAUCUCCGCCGUCCAGGACAUCAUCCCUGCCCUCGAGGCCUCCACCACCCUCCGCCGUCCCCUCGUCAUCAUCGCUGAGGACAUUGAGGGUGAGGCUCUCGCCGUGUGCAUCCUGAACAAGCUGCGUGGCCAGCUCCAGGUCGCUGCCGUCAAGGCCCCCGGCUUCGGUGACAACCGCAAGAGCAUCCUGGGCGAUCUUGCCGUGCUCACCAACGGCACCGUCUUCACCGAUGAGCUUGACCUCAAGCUCGAGAAGCUGACCCCCGACAUGCUCGGCUCCACCGGCUCCAUCUCCAUCACCAAGGAGGACACCAUCGUCCUCAACGGCGAGGGCACCAAGGACAGCAUCGCCCAGCGCUGCGAGCAGAUCCGCGGCGUCAUGGCCGACCCCGCCACCUCCGAGUACGAGAAGGAGAAGCUGCAGGAGCGUCUGGCCAAGCUCUCCGGCGGUGUUGCCGUCAUCAAGGUUGGCGGUGCCUCCGAGGUUGAGGUCGGUGAGAAGAAGGACCGUGUCGUUGAUGCCCUCAACGCCACCCGCGCCGCCGUCGAGGAGGGUAUCCUGCCCGGUGGUGGUACUGCCCUGCUCAAGGCCUCCGCCAACGGCCUGGCCAACGUCAAGACCGCCAACUUCGACCAGCAGCUGGGUGUGAGCAUCAUCAAGAACGCCAUCACCCGCCCCGCCCGCACCAUCGUCGAGAACGCCGGUCUCGAGGGCAGCGUCAUCGUCGGUAAGCUGACCGACGACUUCGGCAAGGACUUCAACCGCGGCUACGACAGCUCCAAGAGCGAGUACGUCGACAUGAUCGCCACCGGUAUCGUCGACCCCCUCAAGGUCGUCCGCACCUCCCUCGUCGACGCCAGCGGUGUUGCCUCUCUGCUCGGUACCACCGAGGUCGCCAUCGUCGAGGCCCCGAGGAGAAGCCCGCUGCCCCCGCUGGUGGCAUGGGCGGCAUGGGUGGUAUGGGCGGUAUGGGCGGCAUGGGCGGCGGCAUGUUCUAAGCUGAUUAGAAACACCGCUGUCACAUUUGCUGCUUUGGCCCCGGCCAUCCGUCCUUGUUUGAAAGGUUAUCCAGUCCCCCUUUGAGCGCGUCUUUGCAUUAUAUGGGCAUCUCCGGAUCUGUUCCUUGUUUUGUUUUAUCUAUUUUCCCCUUUGUUGUAAUGUGUUGUACGUCUUUGUUUCCUUUAUUUCAUUUAUUUUUUUUUUCUCCCUCUCCCUCCUCCGAAUCCCUCUAGACCUCUUGACUCCGCUUUGUUCUUGAAUGGUUGGUUUCUUCACACAUCUCCACUCCACUAUGUUGGACAUAAAAAAUUCCGCCGGGAGUUCAGUCCUGUGUACCAUAUCUGUAUUUUAUGGAUUUACAAUCUAUUCACCUUAUUCGAG